GCGUGUGUUUAGAAAGAAGGAAGAGGAGGAGGAGGUGAUAACUUUACGUUUGGAGGAAGAGAAGAAGAAGAGGAGGAAGAGGAGGAGAAGAGGUAAAACUCCCCUCCAUUGAGAAUAUAAGGAGAGGGAGAGAGAGAGAAGGAAUAACUAUACGUGUGGAGGAAAGAGGAAGAAGAGGAGGAGGUGGAGGAAAGAAGUGGAGAGAAAAAAUAAGUGUUAAUGGAGGAAAGAAAGAAGUGGAGAGCUAAAAUUCCCCUCCAUUGAGAAUAUAAGGAGAAGGAGAGAGAAGGAAUAACUUUAUACGUGUGGAGGAAAGAGGAGGAGAGAGAAGAAGUGGAGAGAAAGAAUAAGUGUUAGUGGAGGAAAGGAGAGGAGGAGGAGGAGGAGGAGAGAUCAGUAUUCUCCCUCCCAUGCUAAUAUAAGGAGAGGGAGAGUACCAGACCACCAUGAUGAGGCUCUCCCUAGGCAUGUUUGGUCUCAUCUGGACAACCCUGUACUGGUGGCUGCGGCCGCUGGUUAAGUGGGUCCUGCGGCGCACCACUGGCCUGUGUGAGCUCCAGCGCGUGUGUUACGGCGAGCAGAAGGGUGCGACGCGGACCUGUGGCGUGGAGUUCUCCCUCCAGCACAGCCGCAGUCCAGAGAUCCAGAAGUGCGUCAAGUACAUCGACGGGAAGUGCCAGGAACGCAGCCUCAGCCAGGAGCUCAUCUACUAUGUCGUCUUUGCCAUCGUCAAGAUUAAGGGCAUCAACACCAAGGCUCAUAAGGGGUUCUCCGAUGUGUUGGGUGAGUGCCUGACGCAGAUCUGGGGUUACCGACAGCUGGUGGCGGAGGUUGAGGCGCGGCGCAAAGAGCCUUACGAUGCUGUCAACCCCCAACACGAACAGAAGCUGAAGGCACUCUGGGACCACAUGAUGCCAGACACGCACCUGGAGGCACGGGUCACCAAGCAGUGGCAGAUGAUUGGCUUCCAGGGCGACGACCCACAGACUGACUUCAGAGGCAUGGGUGUGCUGGGCCUGGAGAACCUGCUGUUCUUCGCAGAGCAACACAACAGCGCAGCGAGACACGUGCUGGCCAGGUCACUACAUCCAAAGUGGGGGUAUUCGUUCGCCAUCGUGGGCAUCAACAUCACACACCUCGCUUACAGCCUCCUGCUCGCCGGGGAUGCAAAGACGCACUUCUACAAUGCCUCCAAGCGCUUUCUGGAGGUGCGGGCGUUCCACCAAUUCUACUGCCACCUCUUCUUUGCCUUCGACGAGAUGUGGCGGCAGGAACGGCCUCGCGACAUCAUGGAGUUCUCGCGCGUAAGAUACGGGCGUGCAGGGGCUGUGACCAGGAGGGAUGAAUGGUUGGCCGCCCGACGCCUCGCCAAACACUUCACCCUCUACCACCGCUGCAUACCGUCCUUCACUGGAGAGUCACCAAUACACACGUUCAUAGCACCUGCACUACAACCUCCACUACACCGCUGCCUCCCGUCCUUCACUGGAGAGUCACCAAUACACACGUUCAUAGCACCUGCACUACAACCUCCACCACACCGCUGCCUCCCGUCCUUCACUGGAGAGUCACCGAUACACGUUCUGCACCUGCACUACAACCUCCACCACACCGCUGCCUCCCGUCCUUCACUGGAGAGUCACCGAUACACACGUUCAUAG